AUGGAUUCAGUCGUUUAUCAAAAUAUUUUAUUGGCCUUGCUUAUUGGAUCAUUCCUGUUAUUUGCACUAUUUGUACUCUGUGCAUCUGCUUUCAGUGAUCUGAAUUUGUGCUGCCAGGAUCACCCUUAUUUACAUCGUCGUGGAGAAGCGGAUCAAAUCAUGACUGGAUGUACAAUGCUAGAAAAAUACAGAUGGGCUUCCGGAAAUAAACUAGUUUGCGGUCUGUGUUCGCAGAAAUCCGCAUUAUUAAGUAGUUUGCAAAAUAAUAGUGAUUGUCGACUGACAAUUUCUGAAAAUGGGCAAAUGCCUGUGCCUGUGCAAAAUUCACUGAAUAAAGCAGAUUCAUUUGAAUUGCAAGAUCGGAAAAUGCUUGCCUUUCAUAUCACCGUCGAAACGGGUAAUGUUCAUAACAAUUUCUAUUUAAAAAUACGCUUAAUUUGUUUCUUUACUUAUUUGCUUAUUUAUUUAAGGAAAGGCUACGUAUAA